CGCCCCACAGUGGUCUGUGUGUGAUUGUGUUGGCUCCGUCCUAUGGGCAGACGUGUCGUCAUAACGUACUGGUCGCGUGGUUAAAAAAUUGCUUUAUUUACGGUUAAAAUAUCGUUAGGAUAUGUCGUCUUUGUACAAACCGUUCUCGGUUUCGGAGGGACCGUGCAAAGAUGCGCGAGGAUGCACGACGCAACGACAGCAUCCGUUGACCCGGUUUCCCUCAGCGGGUUGUUUUGGGUCUGGCGGGGGAUCGACGGGCACAUUCACCCCGAUUCCCAACGUUUAUCCAGGCCACAGGAAUUUAGCUGCCGCUGCGAUCGGAGGGAGAAAAAUCACCCAUCCGUGGAAAGCCAUUCUCGCAGGUGGCAUUGCGGGAGGCAUUGAGAUUUGCAUUACUUUCCCAACAGAGUAUGUGAAGACCCAGCUACAGCUGGACGAAAGAGCAAACCCCCCACGCUACAGAGGCAUAGGAGACUGCGUUAAGCUGACGGUACAAGAUCAUGGGUUCAGAGGUCUGUACAGAGGUCUUAGCUCUUUGCUGUACGGAUCCAUCCCGAAAUCAGCAGUUCGGUUUGGAACAUUUGAACUACUUAGUAACCCGAUGAGAGAUGCCACGGGUCGCCUUGACAACAAAGGAAGUUUGCUUUGCGGUCUUGGAGCGGGAAUCGCAGAGGCGAUUUUGGUGGUCUGUCCGAUGGAGACGGUCAAGGUGAAGUUCAUUCAUGACCAGUGCUCUUUGAGGCCACGGUACAGAGGGUUCUUCCAUGGUGUAAGAGAAAUCAUUAGAGAUCAAGGUCUUCGAGGGACAUAUCAAGGACUGACCGCUACACUUCUAAAACAGGGUAGCAACCAGGCAAUUCGCUUUUAUGUUAUGAACUUGCUGCGCAACUGGUACAAAGGCGAUGACCCGAGUCGUGACAUGCACCCGCUGGUUACAGCAAUGUUCGGUGCGACAGCUGGGGCGGCUAGCGUUUUCGGAAACACACCACUUGAUGUGGUGAAGACCAGGAUGCAGGGUUUGGAGGCCCAUCGCUACAAGAGCACAAUGGACUGCGCUUUUCAGAUUCUGAAGAACGAAGGCCCACAGGCGUUUUACAAAGGCACGGUCCCGCGACUGGGUCGGGUGUGUCUAGACGUGGCCAUAGUCUUCGUUCUCUACGAAGAGGUUGUAAAGCUCCUAAACAAUGUCUGGAGAACAGACUGAACACAAACUAGAGCAAUGACUGAGACUGACUAUCCAAACACAGUUGGCCAUGUCAAUCAACUUAUAAACGUCCAGACUACAACUGUGACCUGUGGCACAGAUGAACGGAUUAAACUAGCCAUCUGUGUCUGUAUAGUUUAGAAGAUGAAAAGUAUGAUGGGCAGCAAGCUGUAGCUUAUUUAUUGUGAUGCACAAAACCAUUU